GUCCAGCGGUCAAUAAGCACAGUGAGCCGUGAUAAGCACGGCUAACAAACAACUAACGACAGCAGAAAUUGUAAAAAAUGUCUUCGAAGAACAAUCUUCUUUUGUUCUUCGACCGGCCGACUGAGCCAUGCUUCAUGCAAAAGGGUGAGAACAAGGAGGUGUUUCAACUACCUGAUAACUACUAUCCGGAAAAAUAUAAGUCGUCCAGUAACGUGCUAGCUGACCGAUUUGGAAAUGACGCGACCAAGACAAUCCCUAUUCGAAACAUUGCUUUGCCUGAUCUCUCCUUGCCGCAACAGCUGCCAUACAAUUCUCAGUUUUCUCUGUGGAUAGAGAAACAUAGGAAAAUGGCUGCCAAGCUUAUCGAUAUCUUUAUGGGUAUGCGUGACGUGGAUGACCUGCAGUCCAUCUGUUCGUACUGUCAGAUGAGAAUCAACCCCUACCUAUUCAACUACUGUCUCUCUGUGGCUAUAUUACACAGGGAUGACACCAGGGGUCUAAACAUCCCAACCUUUGCUGAAACAUUCCCUGACAAGUUCAUGGAUCCCAAAGUAUUCCGCAAAGCAAGAGAAGUGUCGUCUGUGGUACCCACAGGGAACAGGCAGAUGCCGGUUCUAAUCCCCCAAAACUACACGGCUGCAGAAAGCGAGCCCGAACAGAGAGUCGCCUACUUCCGCGAAGACAUUGGUAUCAAUCUACAUCACUGGCAUUGGCAUUUGGUCUACCCAUUUGACGCUUCCGACCGUUCCAUAGUAGCCAAAGACAGACGUGGAGAACUGUUCUACUACAUGCACCAGCAGAUUGUUGCACGAUACACAACUGAGCGUUAUUGUAAUAACCUAGGAAGACCUCGACGAUACAGUAACUUCCGUGAACCAAUUGAGGAAGGUUAUUUCCCCAAAUUAGACUCUCAAGUCGCCAGCAGGGCCUGGCCGCCCAGAUUCGAAGGAACUAAGAUUCAAGAUCUGAACCGUCCAGUUGAUCAAAUCCGUAGUGACGUUUCGGAGAUGGAAACAUGGAGGGACCGAUUCAUUGAAGCUAUCAACAGCAUGAGCAUUAUGUUGCCAAAUGGUCGUCGCAUCCCCCUAGAUGAUCAGACAGGGAUUGACAACCUUGGUAACAUGAUGGAGUCUUCAAUCCUUAGUCCCAACCGGCCUUUCUAUGGAGACCUUCACAACAUGGGACACGUUUUCAUCUCUUACGCACACGAUCCUGAUCAUAGGAACCUGGAACAAUUUGGUGUGAUGGGUGAUUCGGCAACUGCAAUGCGAGACCCCAUAUUCUACCGCUGGCACGCAUAUGUUGACGACCUAUUCCAACUUUAUAAGGACAAGCUACAGCCUUACAGUUCUGACAUGUUGGAUUUCGCCGGAAUCCGCGUUCUUUCGGUGGACCUGCAAUCCACUGGUGGAGCGAACACUUUGUCAACUCAGUGGGAACAAAGUACUGUAGACCUAGGUAGAGGUCUAGACUUCACUCCUCGCGGUUCAGUACUUGCCCGCUUCACACAUCUGACGCACGAUGACUUCACCUAUGUUAUCGAAGUAAACAACACAUCAGGCCAAGGUGUGAUGGGUACCGUUCGUUUGUUCAUGGCGCCAACACAGGACGAGCGUGGCAAUCCUCUGAACUUCAACGAUCAACGGCGGCUUAUGAUUGAACUCGACAAAUUUACUCAAUCAAUCCCAGCCGGUACAAGUACGAUCAGACGUAGCUCGCUCGAUUCGUCCGUAACAAUUCCCUAUGAGCGUACCUUCCGCCGUCAAGCCGACCGACCUGGUGAUCCAGGUUCUGGUACUGCUGCUGAAUUCGACUUCUGUGGCUGUGGAUGGCCACACCAUAUGUUGGUGCCAAAGGGAACAGCCAAGGGAUUCCCUAUGGUCCUCUUCUGUAUGAUUUCUGACUGGAAUGCCGAUCGGGUGGUUCAAGACACAGUAGGCGUCUGUAACGAUGCUGCAUCAUACUGUGGUCUCCGUGAUCGGAAAUACCCUGAUAAACAGGCAAUGGGAUAUCCCUUCGACCGUCCAAUACCCGUAUCUCGUCUCAACGAUUUCUUGACGCCCAAUAUGAAUGUACGCGACUGUACCAUUCGCUUCAAGGACGCAGUGCGUCAACGUCAGGGGUAAGAUCGGAUAUGAGAGAAAACAAAGUAAGGGCUUCAAAGACAUUAAAAUAUAUUAGGCUUAAAGUACACAAUUUCAACUAUAAUAGGUAGGCGAGGGACAGUCGCGUUCAUAAUGUUAUUUUAUUUUAAGUAAUAUUUAAAUAGACGUAUUUUUUUGAUAAAUCAAUAAUUUCCACAUAGAUAGGGCCUAGUAUAAUUUAAUGUGUUUGAAAUUUGAAAAAUGAAAUAGGUUUAUGGUUUUAAAACAUUCUGGAUUAUACAUGUAUACAUAUGCCUACCUCACACAGUUAAUAUUUAUUGUAAAUGUUAAUUUAAUUUUACCAGUUAAAACAGUAUACAAGCUUAUAAUGCCAAAUAUAUAAGAUACUUUCUAUUUAGGAAACCUCAUAUCGGAGAUUCUGGUAGUUAUACACAAGUCAGCGAAUUUAGUUCAUCCGGUGAAUUUUUACAGUCAAGUCAAUUUAUUCCUUCUAAUCUAAACCAAAUGGAUGAUAAUGAAAUGACGAAUGUUGAAUCACAGACAAUAACUAUUGCGACUGAUGAAUGUAAUAAUAAUAUUGAUAUAGAUGCUUUAAUACGAAAACCAUAUUAUUAUGUCAGAUGUAAUAGACACAACCAUCACAGCAUAUAUUAAAUUCUUCUUGUCAUUGUACUUUAAAUAUCAAUAAGUUAAUGUCAUGUCGUUGAUUAUAUAUUUUAUGUAGCUAAAUGUAAUUGUUGUUGAUAUAUACAUGAAUAUUUUUUGCAUUUUUGACAGCAAACAGUUCAUUCUAUUUGAUUUUACAGCAAAGAGGUUUUAAAUCUUUUCAUUAUGCAUUGGUCAAUUGUAUUAUGUUGUCAAUUGUAUGUAAUGUCAAUUGGUAAAGCAAUGAGCUGUUUCUAUGAGACUUUUAUAUACUAUUUUGAAUACAUGCGAUGUAACUCUCAGCUCGUAGGCAAGAUUUUAUAUGGUCUGAGAAAAUCGCGUAUGUAUGUAUAUUGUAUAUGUAUAUAAUACUAUAUGAAUUUUAUUUGUACUUAAAAACGAAUUGGCUAGGAACAAGGACAACGUCUUAGAUUUAGUAAUGGGCCACUAGUUAUAGUUUAACUGUAAAUAAUGUACAUGGGUAUGUAGUUAUAAGAUUAAAAAAUUUAUGCCUUUCAA